AUGUCACAAGUCAGUGACCAGCUCGCCCCGGUGCAUGCCGACCGGGAUGUCGAGCAUCAGGAUGCCACUAUCCAAAGCCCAAGCGAGUGCUCCAUCCAGCCAACCGAAGAAGACCCAGACGACGAUCCUUUCCUUGUCAACUUCGAACACAAUGAUCCCAAGGACCCCAGGGUAUUCCCAGCGUGGAGGAAGAUCCAGAUCCUCGUGGUAACAAUGCUACUCGAGUUCUGGGUCAACGUCAUCUCCUCCAUCUAUUCCUUCAGUGCACACGACGUGGCUGAAGAAUUUGGCAUCGGAGCUGUAGCUUCGAGAAUACCCACUGCCCUCUUUCUAUUCGGCUUUGCUAUUGCACCUAUCCUUUGCGCACCUCUCUCGGAGGAUUACGGCAGAGUUCCGGUCAUGAUCGUUGGCCUCGUCAUUCUUGCUCUGUUCCAGAUCGGGUGCGCGCUGGCUGACAACUUGGCCACACUUGCCGUGCUGCGCUUCCUCGGUGGCUGCUUUGGUGCAGUUGCCUUCAACUCGAUUGGCACUGUGUCCGACCUUUGGGACGCAGACAAUCAAGGUUGGGGCGUCAACACAUUUGCCCUCGCUGCCGAAAGUGGUGCCACCGUUGGUCCAAUCAUCGGAGCUUUCAUUGUUCAGGACAUCGGCUGGCGAUGGACAUUUGGUGUAUCCGGCAUCGUCCUUGCUUUCCUGCUUGCCAUCUUUGUCCUCACUGUGCCUGAAACUCGAGCCGGCGUCAUUCUGUCUCGGAGGGCGAAGAAGCUGCGCAAGGCACAGAACGAUCCACGUUUUUACGCGAGCCACGACAAAGCCAAAUCACAGCACACGGUCAAGGACCUCUUCAAGGAGACAGUAGGUCGUCCGCUCUUCAUGCUGUUCACCGAACCCAUCGUAUUCUUCUUCAGUCUCUUUGACGGCCUCAACUACGCCGUUAUUUACAUAUUCUUGGAAUCCUAUCCUUUGAUCUUCACGCAGUACGGUUUCACUACGGGCCAGCAAGGUCUCACCUUCAUCGGAGUCCUGCUUGGAUUCAUCAUCGCCUACGCCCUGUUUGCGUUGCAGCUGAAGUGGUAUGCUCAUGCUGGUACCAAGAGGCCAAGCGGCAUCCCUACGCCCGAAGACAGACUCCUCUGGGGGAUUCCUGGCGGCUUCUUGUUCCCCAUCAGUCUCUUCUUCUUUGCAUGGACAUCCUUUCCACCAGUCCCGUGGAUAGUUCCUGUCAUUUCCGGUGCGCUCUUCGGUGUCUCAUCACACGUACUCUUCCUGAUCGUGUCAGACUAUACCGUUAACUCCUACUCGAUCUAUGCCGCAUCUGCUAUCGCUGCUCAGUCCUUCUUGCGCGAAUUUCUAUCAGGUGGUUUCACUUUGAUCACAGAGAUCAUGUACCACAAUGUCGACUACCAGUGGGCCACGUCGAUCCUUGCUUUUAUUGGCGUGCCACUGUCGAUCAUUCCGCUCGUUUUCUACAAAUUUGGUCCAACUAUUCGCAAGCGCAGUAGUUUCGCUCAAGAGCUGCAGCUCGUCGAAGAGCGCGAGAAGCGUCGUCGAGCGAAACUCGAAUCGAGAGCUACAACGCUCACCAACUCUGCCAUCAACGAGAACAUCGAGUCAAAUUGA